AUGCUCAUCAAACUCACUCCAAUCCUUGCCACUCUCUUUCUGCGGCAAACCUACGCCUUCCCUUACCCUCUCGAGAACACGACAACCCCAAGCAGCAGCACAAUCUGCAAUACCACUACCUCGCUCUGCGACACAAACACCGGCAGUAAUUCCACUCUAGCCGGCAUCCCUCUCAAUGGAUGUCGAACCGUCUACCCCUCCGACCUCAGCGUCGUGAACUCGCGUUACCCCGAUUACGACAUCGAUCACCUCCACUCGGCCAAAACCUUCUUCAUGCUCCGCCGCCAGAUGCUCGGUGACGGCGAAGUCGCCGUACACAUACAAUUUCAAAGCCUCCCAGCAAACACCACAAACACAACCUGCCGGCUCGAGUUCAUACUCCCCCGGCUCGACCUGCAGCACAUCCAAGGCCCCAAUCCGACGUUCAACGUGUAUCAAGUCGAACACGAUACAGACGCCGUGGCAACAUGGAAUAAGUACGAAGGGAAUGAGAGGGAGGAUGUGUUUGGGGUGGUGAAUGGAGAUCCAGAAGCACUAGAGAGAACGCGGAGUGUGGGGGGUGUUGCGGCGAUAGGAGAAACGAUGUGUAAUCAGACACUGACGUUCCAGAUGGGGAUGGCGUUUGAUAGUUUAGGCGAGCCGAACUAUUGGGAAUUUUCAAAUGUUUCGCCGCCCGCGGCGCCGGUGCAAGGGUUCAGGGUUGUGUGGGGGUGUUGA